AUGAGAGACGCCCUGGUGGACGUGCUGCCGAUUCAGCCUGGUGCUGUUCCUGCCUCCCUGUCCUGUCCCCCGAAACAGUUUGAUGUGGAUGUCGUGUUCUCUGCCUUCUCCCUCCCCUGCUGCCUUCCUGUGCUGCUGCUGCUGCUGCUAUUGCUCUGUCUGGUGAUGUGGCUGAGGAGCUGGGCCCUCCCUCCUGAGCCUCAGCCUCUCUUCCCAGGCCUAUCUAUGGAGGGGAAAGGAGGAGCUGAACUGAAGCAACUUGGCUCAGAAAGCUGGGGAGCUCUGUGGGCCCUAUUCUGA